AUGAUUGAGGAGUCAAUGACAACACGCCACCUUGCGGCAGAUUUCACAGGGAACGGCUCGACUGACAGUGACGGCGAAGAUGAGACGGAGAAGAUCGUCGACGAACACAAAAUUGAAAAGAAGACAAAGACAAACAAGAACAAGGAGAAACAAGCAAGGAACAAUAGACAGGAACCAAAAGAGAACAGGGAUCGUACACCGGACAGAAAACAAGGAAAAGGUACCACAAGACCAAUGAAGCGUUUCCUCCAGACAGCUACUCAACAGAAGGACCAGACACAAAACAGGACAAGAGACAGAAGCAAAUCAAAACAGAGAUCACCAUCUACGCAAGUGGAGGAAACAGACAAGAAGGGAGAAUCGCGAAGACUGAAAACCUGUAACCAAACCCAAUCCAAUCCAACCUACACAACCCAACCGAACCCAACCAAACCAAACCAACCCAAUCCAACCUACACAACCCAACCGAACCCAACCAAACCCAACCCAAUCCAACCUACACAACCCAACCCAAUCCAACCCGAUCCAACCCAACCUACACAACCCAACCGAACCCAACCAAACCCAACCCAAUCCAACCCAACCUACACAACCCAACCGAACCCAACCAAACCCAACCCAAUCCAAUCUACACAACCCAACCGAACCAAACCAAACCAAACCAAAUCCAAUCCAACCUACACAACCCAACCUACACAACCCAACCGAACCCAACCAACCCAACCUACACAACCCAACCUAACCAAACCCAACCCGAUCCAACCCAACCUACACAACCAAACCAAACCAAACCCAAUCCAAUCUACACAACCCAACCGAACCAAACCAAACCAAACCAAAUCCAAUCCAACCUACACAACCCAACCGAACCAAACCAAACCAAACCAAAUCCAAUCCAACCUACACAACCCAACCUACACAACCCAACCUACACAACCCAACCUACACAACCCAACCGAACCCAACCAAACCCAACCCAAUCCAAUCUACACAACCCAACCGAACCAAACCAAACCAAACCAAACCCAAUCCAACCUACACAACCCAACCGAACCCAACCAAACCAAACCCAAUCCAACCUACACAACCCAACCGAACCCAACCAAACCCAACCCAAUCCAAUCUACACAACCCAACCGAACCAAACCAAACCAAACCAAACCCAAUCCAACCUACACAACCCAACCGAACCCAACCAAACCCAACCCAAUCCAAUCUACACAACCCAACCGAACCAAACCAAACCAAACCAAAUCCAAUCCAACCUACACAACCCAACCUACACAACCCAACCAAACCCAACCAACCCAACCUACACAACCCAACCAAACCCAACCCAAUCCAACCUACACAACCCAACCAAACCCAACCCGAUCCAACCCAACCUACACAACCCAACCUAACUCAACCCAAUCCAACCCGAUCCAACCUACACAACCUAUCAAUGAACGACACAGACCGCGCCAAGGAAAAGGAAGGGCCCCUGAGAUAGAAAAUCUGAAACCUGAUUACUAUGCUUGA